CUGACUGAUGAAUUUAAGAGGAUCAGUGGGAGAUGGCUUCUCUUAUUCCUGGGUGAUGGUACAGCAAGGGGUGGCCUUGUUAACAGUUCAACAAAUAUUUAAGCACCUACUCUGUGCAAAGCAGUAUGUUAAGCACCAGAAAUGCAACACAGGAAUGAAAUAAACUCUGCCCUCAAAGAAUUUACAUUGCAUUAUGAACAGUGCUGACAGAUUGGCUGUUUUACCAUGGAUCCGUCUGCAAGUCCUAGCCUCCAGACCUCAACAUCCAAGGGGAAUAUCAACUUGGGACCUUCAGCAAAUCCAAAUGCCAAGCCAACAGACUUUGACUUCCUGAAAGUGAUUGGAAAAGGGAGCUAUGGAAAAGUUCUCUUGGCCAAACGCAAGUCUGAUGGGAAAUUUUAUGCUGUAAAAGUCUUACAGAAGAAAUCCAUCUUGAAAAAGAAAGAGCAAAAUCACAUCAUGGCAGAGCGCAAUGUGCUUCUAAAGAAUGUGACACAUCCUUUCCUGGUGGGCCUUCGAUACUCCUUUCAGACUUCAGAGAAGCUCUAUUUUGUCCUAGACUACGUCAAUGGAGGCGAGCUCUUCUUCCACUUGCAGCGGGAGCACUGCUUCCUAGAACCUCGAGCUAGAUUCUACGCUGCUGAGGUGGCCAGUGCUAUUGGCUACCUGCAUUCUCUGAACAUCAUUUAUAGGGAUUUGAAACCCGAGAACAUUCUCUUGGACUGCCAGGGUCAUGUUGUGUUAACUGAUUUUGGGCUUUGUAAAGAAGGAAUGGAGCCAGAAGAAACCACAUCCACUUUCUGUGGCACCCCUGAGUAUUUGGCUCCUGAAGUAUUGAGAAAACAACCUUAUGACCGAACAGUGGACUGGUGGUGUUUGGGGGCUGUUCUUUAUGAGAUGCUCUGUGGCUUGCCACCUUUCUAUAGCCAAGAUGUUUCUGAAAUGUAUGACAAUAUCCUUCACAAGCCUCUCCAGAUCCAGGGAGGCAAGACAGUGGCAGCCUGUGAUAUCCUGCACGGCCUUCUCCAAAAGGACCAGAAGAAAAGACUGGGUGCCAAAGCCGACUUUCUCGAGAUAAAGAAUCAUGUCUUCUUCAGUCCAAUAAACUGGGAUGACUUAUACCACAAGCGACUCACUCCUCCUUUCAACCCAAAUGUGGUGGGGCCUGCUGACUUAAGACAUUUCGACCCAGAGUUCACCAAGGAAGCAAUUUCCAGUUCUAUUGGACGUACACCAGAUUUGACAGCUGGCAGCUCUGGGUCUUCCAGUGCAUUUUUAGGUUUUUCUUAUGCACCUGGGGAUGAGAAUUUUUAAAUUGCUAAUAAGCCCAGGCAUCAUCUGUAAAGAGGUGUUCAUGUUAUUUAUCAUUGGAGUCAAAUUGUACUGUCCUAAAGUGGAAGAUGUGAUAAGUAUAACUGUACAUGUCCCAAUUUUCUCAUGCUGACCAUACAGCACUCUUAGGUGUUACAUCAGAAUGAUAUUCAUUUGAUGGGAUAAAACUUAACAGGAAGAAAGGAAAGAACAGAGGAAGAAAGAGAAGAAGGAAGAAAAGAAGGAGAGAAGGAAGGAAAAGAGGGUAAAGUGGGGUAUGUGGCCUAUUCAGGAUUGGUCCUGAUUUAGUUGUGGUGCCAGUGAUGGGGCACCAUCAUGAUCUAUAGUCUGUUGUAGAAACUUACCUUUGUCAGUUCCCCUAAUGGUAGUCAGGUAUCAGAAGACUGAUGUAAAAGAUACUUAUUUAUAAACCAGAAAACCAACUUAUUACUAUACAAUGGAAGGUAUAGCUGGCCUCAGAAUCAAUAAUAGUUAUUUUUACAGGGUAUUUUUAAAUGAGUGAAUUCAAAGAGUCUUGAAAUAAUUUGGAAUUAUUUAAAUUAUUCAAAGGUUACCUUUUGACCCAAUAAUUCUAUUAUUAGGCAUAUACCCCAAGGAAAUCAAUGGCAGAAAGUAUAGCAGCACUCUUUGUAGUAGCAAGCUGGAAAUGAGAUGGAUGCCUAUUUAUUGUGGAGUGGCAGAACAAAUUGUGAUAUGUGAAUAGAGUGGAAUGUUAAAUUUAAGAAAUCAUGACUAUGAAGGUUUCAGAGAAACUCAGAAAGACUUGUUAGAACUGAUGUGACCAAAACAAGUAGAACCAAGAGAACAGUACACAAUGACCACAACAACAUAAAUGAAAACAACCCUAAAAGUCACCAGGAUUGGAAACAAUGAAAAGACCAUUUGUGACUACAAAGAAAUGUUAAUGAAAUAUCUCUCUAUCCUCUCAGCAGAGAUAUAGUGGAAACAAGUGUGGGAUGAGGCCUAUAUUGUCCACAGUCAGUGUGUCAGUUGUUUUGUUUAACUUUAAUAAUGUAACAAUAGUUAACAUUUCUAUUGUUCUUUAAAGUCAAUAAAGCAUUUUGCAUACAUUA